GAUGAACUGAGGCGCCAAGCAGAGCAAAUUCGAGAUAAUACAGUCGCCCCGAGCUCACGGGCUGCCUACGUCAACUCCUACUGUCGCUUCAUCUCGUGGCUUCUUCUGAGCCAUCAGAACCUCAUUCCGGACGCAUUUGCAGGCCGUAUCGGCGACGUGACGGGACUCUCCGAGAAGCAAUUGCGGCGGCGUAUUAAACCCCUGCUCACG